GAGGCUUGGUCACCGAGGGGACCCCCUUCGCCCCUCCCGGUUCAUUCCUGCUGCUUCCCAAGAGUUCGGCGGCGGCGUCGGAUCGACUCGGAAGUAAGCCCGAGGGGGGCUUGCGCGCAAGUGCACGUGCGAUCCAAUUCGAUGGGUUCUAUGACGUGAGUUGGAUCGCAGCCGCUCGGCGACUUCCUCUCCCGCUCGGACUCUCUCCGGCAACUCAGCCGAGGAGAAGGGAAGGGAAGGGAAGGGAGGACGGGCGCGUCAGGAAGGGAAAGGAAAGGAACCGACGAAAGGCGAGCAGAGACGGAGUUGAGUGGAGCCGAGAUUCAGCCCCAGCCGGGAAAGACUAGCCUUCCUCCCUCCGCCGUCGCCAACCCGGCCGCGCGUGGCUUGGAGGCGAAAGCCAAGGCGCCAGGUGGGUCUCUGCCCCGAAGCAGCUCCUUCCCCAGGAGUUGCCCCGUUCCCUCCCCAAAAGUUCGGUUCGCUCGGGAUCUGGCAUCUCGUUGCAAGAAGAGCCUUGCAAAACGCCUCCCUCGCGACCAGGCGCGCUGGGCUAAGAACUUGCAGCGAAAAGUUACUAGUUGUAGUUUAACCUCGCCCUAGCCCAGCCCAGCCCAGCCCACCCGGCCGCCAGACCCCUUGGAAGGUCGGUCAGAAUCGCCCGAGGACACUCAAGAAGCCAGGGGGCUAAGCAGUUGGAUCCAACCUGAUCCCGCAGGAAGGCAAGCUGACCUGGAGAGAACAUGCAAAACCAUCAUCAUCAGGCCCUGCAGCCUUUACAGUGGCAGCGUGGACAUAGAGAGCUCAGGGUCACUGCGGGGAGCCCGGCCAUUCAAUCCGCUGCCCUUGCUCCUCUGCGAAGGAGGAAGACCUUGGUGGCGGUGGAUGUUGUGUGUUUACUUGUGGUCUCCGUCCCAUUCUUCAUCUGCGAAUUCGGCCUCGUUUCUCCAGUGCACCGUGGUUUCUUCUGCAAUGACAGUAGCAUCAGCUACCCCCUGAAGCAUCCUGAGACCAUCACCGACACAGUCCUCAUUUCGGCAGGCACCCUGAUCGCCUUCCUAGCAAUCACUGUAGGCGAAAUCUUCCACGUGCGUCGUCUGCCCCACAGAUCAUGCUCCACAAUCUCCAAUCCUUACGUGUCUGCCCUCUAUAAAGAAAUUGGGGCCUUCCUUUUUGGCUGCUGCGUGGGCCAGUCCCUCACUAACAUGGCGAAAAUUGCCGUAGGUCGCCUCCGCCCACAUUUUCUGGCUGUCUGCCAACCGAAUUUCACGCACAUUGUCUGCUCUGCUGGAUACCUGGAGGACUAUGUAUGCACUGGUAGCCGCUCUAAGGAACAGGAGGCCAGAAAAUCCUUUUACUCUGGCCAUGCCUCCUUUGCCAUGUAUACCACGAUGUACUUAGUGUUCUACCUGCAGGCCCGAUUCACCUGGCGAGGCGCUCGGCUGCUACGCCCACUGGUCCAGUUUGUGCUACUGAUGCUAGCCCUGUACACGGGCCUGACUCGCAUUUCAGACUAUCGGCACCACCCAUCUGAUGUGAUUGUGGGACUGCUACAAGGAGCACUUGUAGCCUAUUGGGUGGUAAGUUACAAUCUGUGUUUGUCACUCUGCCUGACCCUCUUUUGCCUCUCGAGAGUGAGAAGGAAUUAGUUGAUUAAUAUGUGACUUCAGUACCUGGGAAAAAUCCUAGAAAAUAUAAUCAAGCAGCAGAUUUGCAACAGUGGUGGGAUUCAGCCGGUUCGCACCUAUUCGGGGGAACCAGUUGG